CUUUACUGAAGCGAAAAAAAAAAUCUUUAUUAUAAAAAAUCAAAAACAAAAUCAGGCAAAAAAGGAAAAACAAAAAUCGAGAUCCGGUGAAAAGACCAGAGACCACCACACGAUUCUAAAUCGGAUCUAUCGACCCACCGUGAGAGUCACCGGAGUUUUAUCCCCCGCCGAUUUGUGUUCGACUCUCGAGGGGAGUGAUUCUUCUUCCGAUGUAUAGUUGAAGUCAGGGCGAGAUAAUGAUGGAAGUAGAAGGAUCGAGCACUUCGAUGAAUCGUGCUCCUGAUCAACCAUCCUUCUUACGAUCGAGGCGAUCCAAAGCUCUGUAUCAGUUUAAGCAGCAGAAGCUCCCAGCUUGUAAACCAGUCUUAACACCAGCAUCGGUCAUAACAGUGUUUCUAUUGAUGGGUUUUGUUUUCAUCCCCAUUGGCUUCAUCACUCUCCGUGCUUCUCGUGAUGCUAUUGAAAUUGUAGACCGGUAUGAUGUUGAGUGUGUUCCUGAAGAAUAUAAAAGCAACAAACUUUCAUACGUAACAGAUUCAUCGAUCCCAAAGAAUUGUACUAGGUACUUAAAGGUACAAAAGCAUAUGAAAGCUCCCAUUUUUAUCUACUACCAGCUUGAUAACUACUAUCAAAACCACCGACGGUAUGUAAAGAGUAGAAGUGAUCAACAACUGUUACAUGGAGUAGAGUAUAGCCACACAAGUGCUUGUGAGCCCGAGGAGUCAUCUAAUGGUCUUCCUAUCGUUCCUUGCGGGUUAAUAGCUUGGAGUAUGUUCAAUGAUACGUUUGCUUUUGCUCGUGAAAGUAUGAAACUGAAAGUGAGCCGAGAUAACAUUGCGUGGAAGAGUGACCGCGAGCACAAGUUUGGGAAGAAUGUGUAUCCUUUCAAUUUCCAGAACGGAACUUUGAUUGGUGGAGCAAAAUUGGAUCCCAAAGUUCCGCUAAGUGACCAAGAGGACUUUAUCGUGUGGAUGCGAGCAUCUGCUUUACUGAGCUUUCGGAAACUAUACGGACGAAUCGAAGAAGACUUGGAACCCGGGAACGUUGUUGUGGUAAACUUGAUGAACAAUUACAACACUUACAGCUUUAGUGGACAGAAGAAGCUUAUUCUCUCCACAUCAAGUUGGUUAGGAGGAAGAAACGAUUUCCUUGGUAUCACUUAUCUCGUUGUUGGUGCCUCUUCCAUAACCAUAUCCAUCAUCUUCAUGUUGCUCCAUUUGAAAAAUCCGAGGCCUUAUGGUGACAAUUCUUGGAACAAGAAAAGCCUUUCGAGUUGAGAAGCAGUUACAUUCUUUCUCUGACACCAUUCCGAUUCCAGAAAACUCCGGGUGAAAGAAAGACAACAAAUGGCCAAGGAGAUGAGGUUUGUGCAAACAUGGGGAGAGGUAGCACCAAGGCUUGUUGUAUCUCACCAGAAACAGCAACAGCAAUUCUCAAACUUGCCAAAGCUUGAGACGAUUCUUGAAGAAGGUUGCUGCGUCGAUAGUUUUGCUGUUAGAGCACCGAAACGGAUUGUGAUCUUUCUUCCUCUUGUACUCUCUAUGAUUUUGUACAUGGUGUUGCACAAGAGUAUCAAAGAUUCUUGAUUUUAACUUUGUCAUUUGGUAUUUUUUUGUUUUUUUAGUUUUUGGUUUUAUGUGACUUUUAAAUGUGUGGAUGGUGAGAAGAAGAGAAUGAAAUCUGAAUAUGAACUUAGGUUGAGAGAGAGUUAAAAUCGAAUUGUCUGCUUCUUUUUUCUUCAUUUUCCCUCGGAUUUGUAAUUUGAUUUCUGAUUUUAGUUCCUUUUUAACUGAAUACGAUCUGAUGAAUUAAGCUUCCAGACAUA